CAGCACGGGGUUUCCGCCAUUUUAACUUCCUGCAUUCAAAGGAGAGUAGUCUGUCGAACUGUACUCACGGCGCGUUACUAUUCUUAAUUUUUAAAAGGGGGUUAUUUUGUUUUUCUUUCCUAAAAGAGGCACAAACAAACCACAUCGAGUGGUUUCCGACCGUUUUCGUAGGUUAGUUUCAGCCGGGGAGUCGCAAUGCCGAGCCAUCCGCUGAGGGUAGCGGUUGUGUGCUCUAGCAACCAGAACCGCAGUAUGGAAGCGCACAAUAUCCUCAGUAAACGUGGAUUUGAAGUGCGCUCAUUCGGGACUGGUUCUCACGUGAAGCUGCCCGGUCCUGCCCCAGACAAGCCUAAUGUGUAUGACUUCAAGACAACAUAUGAACAGAUGUACAACGACUUGGUCCGCAAGGACAAGGAACUAUACACACAGAACGGAAUCCUGCACAUGCUGGACCGAAAUAAGCGUAUCAAAUCCAAGCCAGAGCGCUUCCAGAGCUGCAAAGACAAUUUUGACCUGGUCAUCACCUGUGAGGAGCGCGUCUAUGACCAAGUGCUGGAGGAUCUCAACUCGCGGGAGCAGGAGACCAUGCAGCCCGUGCAUGUCAUCAAUGUUGACAUUCAGGACAACCAUGAAGAAGCCACGCUGGGCGCCUUCCUCAUCUGCGAGCUAUGUCAAUGUAUUCAGCACACGGACGACAUGGAGAAUGAAAUUGAUGAACUCUUGCAAGAGUUUGAGGACAAGAGCAGCAGGGCUUUCCUUCACACCGUCUGCUUCUAUUGACAGCUGCAAUAAGCACACGAAGGACCCCCGCAAACCAACGGCAAAUAACGUGACAAUGAUAUGGCGUGUGCAGCGCCGAACGAAAGCAAUUUCGCAAUCACGUGGUCGCCCUCCGCGGGCCACGCCGACUCGCCGCUGCUCCCCUUGCCUUUUUAUUCCUCCUGAUCAAGGUCAGCCACGCCUCCUCAGGGAGUGCCAUAACGCCCAGUCCCGCCGUUUUGUUAAAUGCAGCCUCCUAAACAUGAUUCCGUUUUUUUCUUUCUCCCCUCCAGGUGAUCUAUUUUUCGGUUAUUGUUUCAAUUUCAUGUCAACUUUUUAUUUUGACAUUUGGAACUCGAGAUGUGUUUUAUUAAGGCAGGAGGGGGGAAAAUGAACUGAGAAUGCUUUUGUUUUGUGUUUUAGUUUAAGUUAAAAGGACGAGCUAGUGAAUAACCAAAGCUCGGCCUCUCUGAGGCAAUGUGUGCUGUUGACUUGAUACAUAAACUUGGAUAUGAUGUCGUUCAGGGCAUACUUUAUUUUGUAUGUGUAAAAAUGAUGCAUUGUCAGCUCAGAGUGCCUGAUUUGUACAUAGGAGUAUACUAAAAGAAUCUAUAAGAACCA